AUGGAGAAUCAACAGCAAGAUAAACAACUCACUACUAUAAGUAUGCAAGAAGAAGAAGAAGAACAACAAAGGAAACUUGGUGUUCUGGUUUCAUCAGUAGAAACACAAUUAAUGUCUAAAGUUUCCCUUGCUUACAAAGAGACAAGCACUUUAUCAGAUGAAUUGCUAUCUGCCCUCCAGCUUGUUUAUGAAAUUCAAUUACAUCCUGCUUUAGAAUUGGUUGACAAUCAAGCAGUAAUUCGAAUGGAAUGUCCCAGUAAAAGGCAAAUAUACCAAGUGAUUGAUAGCUCUGGAGUGAUUUACACCUGUUUCCAGAACAAUAAUUAUUGUUCAUGUUCAACCUACACAUAUUCAGUUCUUGUCAAUGAUGAACAUAUUUUGUGUCAACAUGUAUUGGCAUUGCGGUUGUCAGAAGCAAUGGAGGUUACCAAAACAAGCUUGGUUUCAGACAAAGAAAUGUCUUGUCCCCAUAGUGUCCACUCUCAUCUACUUGGCAUUCUGUUUUUAUGGACCACUGCACAAGGACUGGGGUUGAGCAUGAUGUACUUUGAGAAUGGCAGCAUUCUCCAAACAACCAAUCAGGGCUCUCUCUACAAGUGUUCAAAUAUGGGGAGCCCUUCCUCCCUCCUUGGAAUUCUACCUGAGCCUUCUCCUUCUUUUAGUCACCUGAUCAAACCCGUCUUCUUCCUGUUUUGUGUAAAGUGCCUCUCACCAUCACUGCCCGAGGGGCAUGGAAGGUCCUGCACCUUCCCUGAAAUUCCACCUGAGCCUUUUCCUCUUUGUUCACUUGAUCAAACCCGUCCCCCAAGGGCUAGGGAUGGUCUAGCCCAGAUGGCCAAAUUUUAA